UCUAUUUGGUUUCGUACAAUUUACAGUGGAAAACGAACGGAGGAGAAAAGGAAAAGAAGAAGAAGAAGAAAAACACAGUAAUGAGCAACGAUUUGAAGAGAGACUAUCAAGUAAUCGAAGAGAUCGGUCGGGGAAGAUUCGGCACCGUUUUCAGGUGCACUUCCAGAUCCUCUGGUGAAAACUACGCCGUCAAAACCAUCGAUAAGCGUCGGAUCUUGGCCGGCGAUUCACUCGAUGCCGAAUGCCUCGUCAAGGAGACGAAGAUUCUUCAUCUCCUUUACCCUCACCCUCACAUUCUCGCGCUGCAUAAUCUCUACGAAGACGAAUUUCAUCUCCAUAUGGUUCUAGAUCUCUGUUCCUCUUCCGAUCUCCACCGGCGAGUCACACUCCAGGUUUUUUCCGAGGCGGAGGCCGCUAUGAUCAUGUCGCAACUGAUGCACGCGGUGGCUCAUUGUCACCGUUACGGCGUUGCGCAUCGCGAUAUUAAGCCCGACAAUAUUCUGUUCGACGAGUGGGAUUCGGUGAAAUUAGCGGAUUUCGGAUCGGCGGAAAUGUUCAAGCAGGGAGAAGAGUCGAUGAGAGGCGUUGUCGGAACGCCGUACUACGUGGCGCCGGAAGUCCUGGCUGGAAAAGACUACGGCGAGAAGGUUGAUGUGUGGAGCGCCGGCGUGGUUUUGUACGUUAUGUUAGCAGGUUUUCCACCGUUUCAUGGAGAAUCGGUUGUUGAGAUCUUUCACGCGGUAUUGCGAGCGAAUCUGAGAUUUCCGUCAAGAGUUUUCCACUCUGUAUCUCCCGCGGCAAAAGACUUGCUCAGGAAAAUGCUCUGCAAAGAUGUUUCCAGAAGAAUCUCCGCCGAACAAGUCCUCAGACAUCCAUGGAUAACCAGCUGCGUAGAAAGCAGGGCGGCAACGGGACUAUGCUAAAGUUUUGUACUAAUAGAAGAGAAAAAGGAAAAAGGAAAGAAAAAGUGAGUUUGAGCCUCUUCUUCUUCCUUUCUAGUUUGUAUAAAGGUUUUGCGCAGUGUAAACAUGGCGGAGCCAAAUGAAUAAGCAUGUGAUAUAAAGCAGUUGCUCUGAAUCACUUGUAUGGCACUCUGAAACCUUUCUUGUAGAUUUCAAUGCAAUUGCUACCCAGAAUUCUUAUCACCA